AUGGUCUCCUGUCCAGAAUGCGGAGCUGGGGCGGAUUUGACCAAAGACGGAACUUACGCGCAUUGCGCUUCUUGUAACACUAUCUUCGAGCCUGGGAAGGAUGGGAGUCACUACAGGGGCGGCGGCAGCAGCUCUGGCGACAAAGAACAGGCUACGAAGGACGAUGGCAAGAAGCAGGGGGAAAGCAAGAGCUGA